GUCUCCUUCGACUCCUUCCUUCCUCCCCGCGGUCACGCUGUCACCGCGGCACUGGCGCCCGAGCCCUGACGGACAACAGCCUCGCAAAAUGAAGAUUUGGACUUCAGAGCACAUUUUCAACCAUCCAUGGGAGACGGUGACCAAGGCGGCAAUGCAGAAGUACCCCAACCCCAUGAACCCUGGUGUGUUUGGUGUGGAUGUCCUGGACAGAAGCGUGGACACAGAGGGCCGGUUACACAGCAACAGGCUGCUCAGCACCGAGUGGGGCCUUCCCGCCAUAGCCAAGUCUCUCAUCGGGGUAACGAGAACAUGCACUUAUAUUCAGGAACGUUCAGUUGUGGACCCCAGAGAGAAGAGCUUUGAGCUGAAAUCUACAAAUAUCUCCUUCACUAACCUGGUGUCUGUGGACGAGAAGUUGACGUACAAGCCACAUCCGCAGGAUCCUGAAAAGACGGUGCUGACACAGGAGGCUCUGAUCACUGUGAAAGGCAUCAGUCUGAGUAGCUACCUCGAGGGUCUCAUGGCCAAGACCAUCUCUACGAACGCCGGCAAGGGUCGGGAGGCAAUGGAGUGGGUCAUCAGACGAUUAAACACAGAAAUCGAGGACUUGGCGGCGACCGCUCGUGGAACUUUACGUGUUCCGAUGGCGGCAGCAGUCGCAGAUAAAUGAUCUUGGCCGUGCCACUGCUCUCGCCACCAUCAUGAACCGAUGGAUCUCUCAGACAUUUCCCCUCACCUAAUCAGCCAGCACAGCCUAGUAACCUCACUGAUAACCCAUUCAUUGGCCAAUGCAUUUGUCCCGCCUCAGAAGUCGGCCCAGACAACUUUGAUACUCGCCACUGAAGGCAAUGAUGGGGAGUGUUGAGCUGAUGACGGUUAAAAAAAAUGGGGUUGAAUUGGACUUCACUUGAAGAUCACAGGACUUAGUCUUGUGAUGUCAAAGCUCUUUCUUUUUUAAAUUCACAUAGUGCCUCCACAUUUCAUACAUGUUCUUCCUGUCUGUCUCCUCACCCCCUUCAUUUUGACCCUUUCAUCCCUCCAAUGUUCUCGUCUUUCUUGUUUCCAAAUCUUCUCAGCAAGUCGAGUACUGUUAACGGCUGAAAUGAAGUCACUUUUCCUGAAUCGGCCGACCUUGCUUUGUACAGCAGAACUGACCAAAUUAUCUCAAAGCAAAAAGCCACAAAUGCAAAAGCCACAAAUGCAAACGGUCCGUAUUAAGAUCGAGCACUGCUGCAGCGAUCAUUUCUUGUGAUGUCAAACCUCCGGGCUUUUUUAUUCUCCCCGGUCAUGUGAGGUCGGCUAAUGAGCCAGCGGAAAAUCCAGAUGAGUCUGCGGUCUUUCGCACCAAUUCUUCAUUCUGGUCAUACUAUAUACUUUUUUUUCUUGGAGUCUUUCUUGCCUUUUGUUGGUACUUUCUCGUCCACUGUUGUGUUGUGUUACAGAUUAAGAAUGUGUCUUCUGAAUGUCUAAUUUAUUUUCAGCAUGUGAACUGAAAUGCACUUAAAUCGGUAGGAAGUCCUCAAAGUGCAAAAUGAGGCUGUGAGAAUGUGUUGUGAGUGUUCAGCAGUGUUGUGGGAGGAGCUCCGCAGAGUCGUGUUCAAGAGUUCAAAACCAAAAAUGUCAACAUUAAUGUCAUUGUGCUGAUUUACUACCCCGGACACUUUUUUAUUUAUGAUCAUGAACAAACCCGCUGUUCAUUUUCUUAAUGUCUAUAGAUGGUGGUAUUUAAAGUAUUUUUGUAUCUGAACAUUAACAAAGGCUGUGUUAAUUGUAUAAUAUAUUUACCGUCUUUAUCCCACAUCAGACUCUCAGGUUGACUUCAGUUCCGUUUCCCCGUUUGCUCCCUUCAUUGAGAACUCUUGUUUUCCCCUUUUCUGCUCUUCUCUUUUUGGAAUUUUAAUUAGGACAUAUUUAAGUUUGUUUCAGAGGUUUUAGGAACAAUGGAAGCUACCUGAAGAUGUCUGUUAAUUAAACUUGGCAUCACAAGUAUUCAUAGAUGCGCCACAGUUGGCAUCCUGCUCCAGCCCCCACGCCAGCUUCCAGUUCAGCAGAGUUUCUUUUUAAAUGUGUUCAUAAUGAUCUAGCGCCUCAUCGGAUCGAGCAGUUUGAAGUCCGGUCAGCUGUCUAAGCUGACCCGUCAGCCAGCUGAUUACCUCAGUGUCUCAUUGCUUGACUGGAGUGUGAUGUGUUUAUUCUGUGAACAUUUUAAGAACAGUGGCUGUACAUAAGCUUAUAUUUAUAUCGUGGCAGUGUUACAUUCCAAGAAUGUGAACAUGAAGGAGAAUCUAAAGAGCGCACACUGAAAUGUUUCAAAAUACAAGAUGGCAUUGUUUCAUGGUGGUGGUCCUUUUUUCUUUUUAAAUGUGUGAACUCUUGAGGUUUAUUUACCUAAACCAAAAUGUAUGUGGACCCCCUUAAUGAACCUUCAGUGAACAAAGAUAUGAAUUCAAUUGUUAUUCGUCUGAAGGAUUUCUUUAUUGUUGCCUCGGACGUUAUGCAAAAUAUGCAUGUUAUUGGUUCCUGACAGCCAUUGAGUCUACUGGGGAAUGUGAGAAAUGAAUCAAGUUUAUAUAAUGCCAAUAAAUGUUAACUGCAAAUAAAUCAAGAUUCAUAUCAAUGGGGUUCAGAAUUUGUAUUAAAGUUAAAAUGAAACGAGGUC